ACGCCGUUGGACAGUGUUGUUGUUGACAUUCGGGAGCACAAGGGAGUCGGCAGCGGCGGCGGCAACGUGGUUAGCGCCGUUAGCGCCGUUGUUUGUUCCACUGAGGCCGUUUAGCGAUGACACGGUGUUACACAACCGGGAAUAAAUAACACUAUUAAUAAGAAUAAUAAGGGUGAAAACAGCAGUCUCUGAGUCUGACAGCAGCGGGCAGCGACGACGAUGAUGAGAGCUGGAGCCGCGGCUGUGCAGCUGACAAAGAAAGAAGAAGCCCUGAGGCUGAGAGUCUGAGAGACGCACGGACGGAGAGCUCCCCACUGCUUUCUGGGAGGAGAAUGUGAUGCACAAUGGCCAACUGUGAGAGUUGCCAGGAGUACCAGCGCAUCGAGGAUUUUGAGGAGGACUCUCCGCCUGGCGAGGAGGACUUGCUCGUGCAUGUGCCAGAGGGUUUGAAAGAUUCAUGGCAUCAUAUCAAGAAUUUGGACAACUUCUUCACAAGAAUCUACCAUUUCCACCAGAAGAAUGGGUUCGCCUGCAUGAUGGUCUCCGAGUUCUUCGAGCUUGUACAGUUCCUGUUUGUUGUCACCUUCACAACGUUCCUCUUCAACUGCGUGGACUAUGAUGUGCUAUUCGCUAACCGGGCUGUGAACCACACGGGGUCGAGCCAGAACCCCCUGGAGCGGAACAAGGUCACACUUCCAGAUGCAAUCCUGCCCAGUGAGCAGUGCACACAGAGGAUCCAGAAGAACAGCUGGAUCAUUUUCCUCCUCAUCAUGGCUGCCAUCUUCUGGCUCUAUCGACUAAUCAAGGUUUUCUGCAAUGUCCUGAGCUACUGGGAGAUCCGCCAGUUUUACAUUAAAGCACUGAAGAUACCCAUGGACGAGCUGUGCAACUUCACCUGGCAAGAGGUGCAGGGCCGGCUGAUCAGCCUGCAGCGAGAGCAGCAGAUGUGCAUUCACAAGAAGGAGUUGACCGAGUUGGACAUCUAUCACCGCAUCCUGCGCUUUAAAAACUACAUGGUGGCUAUGGUCAACAAGUCCCUGCUGCCUGUGCAGCUGCAGCUCCCCCUGCUGGGUGACGUUGUGUUCCUCACCCAGGGCCUCAAGUACAACUUUGAGCUCAUCUUGUUCUGGGGGCCUGGUUCGCUGUUCCAGAACAAGUGGAACCUGCACCCCAAGUACAAGAGGGCCGGGAACCGACUGGAGCUGGCGCAGCAGCUGAGCCGGGUCAUCCUGCUCAUGGGCGUGGCCAAUCUGCUGCUCUGCCCCUUCAUCCUCGUGUGGCAGGUGCUCUACGCCUUCUUCAGCUACACGGAGGUGAUCAGGAGGGAGCCGGGCAGCCUGGGCGCUCGCCGUUGGUCGCUUUACGGCCGCCUCUACCUGCGCCACUUCAACGAACUGGACCACGAGCUGCACGGGCGCCUUGGCCGCGGCUACAAGGCCGUCUCCAAGUAUAUGAACUCGUUUACAUCGCCGCUGCUCGCCGUGCUGGCCAAGAACGUGGCCUUCUUCUCGGGCUCCCUGCUGGCCGUGCUUAUCGCUUUGACCGUGUACGAUGAGGACGUGUUAACUGUGCAGCAUAUCCUGACUGCGAUCACUGUGCUCGGAGUGGUCAUCACGGUCACCAGGUCCUUCAUCCCAGAUGAGCACAUGGUAUGGUGCCCCGAGCAGCUGCUACAGUGCGUGUUGGCGCACAUCCACUACAUGCCCGACCACUGGAAAGGCAACGCCAACAAGAGUGAGACGAGAGACCAGAUGGCCCAGCUCUUCCAGUAUAAGGCGGUUUUCAUCCUAGAGGAACUCCUCAGCCCCAUCAUCACACCCUUCAUCCUCAUCUUCCUGCUGCGCAACAAGUCCCUGGAGAUCAUUGACUUCUUCCGGAACUUCACCGUGGAGGUCGUAGGCGUGGGGGACAUCUGCUCCUUUGCCCAGAUGGAUAUCCGUCGGCAUGGCAACCCUCAGUGGAUGUCAGAGGGGCAGACGGAGGCGUCCAUGUACCAGCAGGCAGAGAACGGGAAGACGGAGCUGUCCCUCAUGCACUUCACCAUCAAGAACCCACAGUGGCAGCCGCCGCAGGACAGCUCCGUCUUCAUCAGCCAUCUUAAGGAAAAGGUGCAGCAGGAUGCUGCUGCAGGGCCCUCGACCCAGCUGCUGCUGUCCGAGGCCCCACUGUGCACGUCGUUGCUGUCCAAUGAGUCUGGAACUGGGCCUGACAACCUGCUUGCCAGUGUACUCGCCCACCCCAUGCUGACCGCCUCCGGGCUACAGGGUCAUAAUGGACGCUUCAUGCCGACCUGCUCCGCAGCCUCCGCCGCUGCCAGCGUUCUUGCCUCACUUUCGGGCUCCCUGGUGGCCGGGCGGCCACGCCCCCACAACUUGCCUCCGUCGAACCGACCCGAGAGCUCAAUGUACAGCAGCGAGCGCGCCAUAGCAGAGAGCAUGUGUGCCAGUGACAUGCGGCUCCGCUGCGGCCCCCGCUCCGCCCUGCGCUCCGAGUUGGCCUCAGCCGAGAUGAGUCUGCAUGCCAUCUACAUGCAUGAGGUGCACCAGCAGGGCUCGCACCCGCAGCACCCAUCAGGAUCCUGGCCAGCCCUCGUGCCAAUGAGAGAGUUCAGUGGUACCACAGCUGCCCUGAGAUCGCGCCCCUUUAUGGGUGGAGCCCCUGCGACCACCCUUCUACACCUUGGCGGCUGGACAGAGGAGGAGGAAGAGGAGGAGGAGGUGCAGGUCAGCAGCAGGACGACAUCAUGCCCGGAUAUGAGGAGCAACCGCUGAAGUGCCUUUAUGUACCAGGGUAAUGGUAUGAUCAGCCCUACUCCUUAAUUUCUCACAAUGUGAGCCACUGCUACUCCUUAUUUACACUCACUGUACACAUGUGAUGUGUAGCUCAGUGCUGCUGUCAUUAUUCUUUUCUUUCUUGCUUUCCCUUUUCU